AUGGUGAAUCCAUUGACUCGAUGCAUGGAAGACUAUUGCCUGCCGCCAUACGCCACAUUCCACACAGACGACAUCGUUCCCGCCGUGCGAACAGCCCUCGCCGAGUAUGCCCUCGACCUGAACGCGCUUGAAGACGAUUUAAUGGACGCUGGCGAGAGCAACCUGUGCUGGGAAUCUGUCAUGGAUCGCCUCGAAAUCAUCGACGACCCCCUUCGCCGUAUCUCGAUGUUUCUCGAGCACCUGCGGUCUGUGGUCGACUCGCCCGACCUCCGCGCGGCCGACGCUGAAAUUCAACCCGAGAUUCUAGCCAUGAACAACCGUCGUGACCAAAGCGACGUGGUGUUUCAAGCCAUGCAAAGGCUGCGAUCCCGUGCGGAUUUUAAUACUGCCUUUACAACGGAACAACAGCGGAUCUUGACGCGAAAGGUAUUGCAUGCCACCCUGAAUGGCGCAGCACUCGGGCCAUGCGUCAAGGAGCGCUUCAACGAGAUCUCCGUUCGCCUCGAAACACUGAAAAUGAAGUUCAGUGAAAACCUCAUGGAUGCCAUGAAUGCGUUCUCGCGCAUCGUUCACGACAAGCACGAGCUUCAAGGCCUCUCGGAUGCGACAUUGGCACACUUAGCCCAGAACGCUGUAGCAGACGGACACAAAGAGGCCACGGCGGCCACCGGACCGUGGAAGCUCUCUCUCGAGUACCCAGUCUACAUGCCAGUGAUGAAGCAAUGCAGCCAUCGACACACACGCGAAAUUCUUUUCCGAGCGUUUGUGACAACGGCAAGCACUCCACCGUUCGACAACUCGCCCGUCGUUCAAGAGAUGCUGGAACUGCGUCAAGCAAGGGCUCAGUUGCUCGGGUUCCAAACGUAUGCAGAGCUCAGUUUACAGGACAAGAUGGCGCCGUCAGUGGAAGUCGUGGAAGACAUGCUAAACGACCUUCGCGACAAGUGCUUGCCGCUAUCCAAGGCUGAACUGGACGAAGUCGAAGCGUUUGCCAAUGCACAUGGCCACAUCUCGCGGUUAGAGCAUUGGGAUACCGCGUACUGGUCCGAAGCGCUGCGAAAGGCUCGAUUCGACGUCGAUGACGAGUUGAUCAAUCCAUAUUUUCCAUUUCCACGGGUGCUUGAGGGAGUCUUUCAGCUUGCAUCGCACCUCUUUGGUCUUCAUUUCGAGGCAGCGGAUGGACAGGAAGAGAUCUGGCAUCCCGACGUUCGGUUCAUCCAAGUUCGAGACAUGGACGAGCCCGACACCCCAGUCGUUGGGCACUUUUACUUGGACCCGUACGCUCGACCCUGCCAGAAAAAUAUCGGAACGUGGUGCGAUGCAAUUGCGUAUCGCAGCAAAGUCCUGCGCACGGACAAGGCGCCAGUCCGUCUACCAGUCUUUUGUUUGGCUUUGAAUCAAACGCCGCCGGUGGACUCAACGACGGGUUUGAUGUCGAUAGAUGAUGUGCUGUCGCUCGUUCACAUGUUUGGCCAUGGCUUGCGAAUGCUGCUGACGACAGCAGACUACUCGGCCGCGUCAUCCAUGGACGCUGUCGAGUGGGACGCGAUCGAUAUUCCGUCGCAGUUUUUGUCGCACUUCUGCGACCGCCGAGGUUCAUGGCGGGGUGACUUGUCGAAGACUUGACGUUGUUGUGUCGGUAGAGACGAUUCGAAUGAUGUCGGGGCACAUUGAAACAGGCGCGCCGCUCCCGGACGACCUGAUCGACAAGGUUCUGGAGGGACGAAAGUUUAUGGGUGCAACUUCCCUCUUGCGGCAGCUCCAUUUUGGCGCGACGGACAUGGCCAUUCACCACCGCUAUGAUCCGCAAGCCAUGGACACCACCAUCGACGAUGUCCAACGCCGCAUCACUCAGCAGUACGUCGAGCGCGUUGUUGGUUUUUUCCCACGUGCGAUACGAUAGGUUCUCUGUGCUCCCUCGAUUCGACCACGACAAACUCCUGUGCAGUUUUCGACACAUCUUUGCAAUGCCGUACGCGGCGGGCUACUACUCGUACGUGCCGCAAUGCGAUCCUCCAUUCCUUUUCGUCGUUCUGAUCGAAGAUGGAUCGAACGGCUUGCAGGUACAUUUGGUCUGACAUGCUGGCGGCGGACGCGGUGUCGUGCUUCGACCCAACCGACAAGCAUGAGUGGAGUGUGUGGGGGCGGCGAUUCCGAGACUCCGUGUUGACCAAGCUGGGAAUUUUGGACCCGAUGGCCGCUUUCAAGUUGUUCCGCGGCCGCGCGCCUCGGACUGGCGCUCUUCUAUCCCGAUACGGACUGCAGUGAGCAGGCGCCUUGCUGUCGCGAUUGUAUUUAAGUGUGAUUUUGUCGAUUUAUGCCAAAUUUGUAUUUUUGAGGGUUUAAUGAGAGUAUGUCUGGGAAAAUGAAAAUUG